AUGGGCGGAACCGGUGCCGUCGCUCAACCAGCACCCCUAGACGGACCUUCCCUCGGCGCACAGGCGCUCACUCCAGCUCAAGACCUCCAGGCCGAAGGGACGACACGGUCUCUACACCCCUCGCCACCCUCAAGUAGUACAGGUCAGACGGCACACUCACCCUCAUCCACGCCCCCGGUGGGGACAGAAUCAGAAGCCGAUGUUCUACCACCGCAAGGCGACGUUGGCUCGUCAGCGGAAGGCGCCUCCUCGUCGGACCCAGAGAAGGAUGGAAGGGACCACUCACUUGCGGAAGGCAGCAGUUUCGACGAAGACGAAGACGAUCACGAAGAUGUAUACCGAGCUUCAUUUUACGACGUCUUCAUCAGGUUCGCAAGCAAGACUGAUCUAGCCAUGAAUAUCAUUGGCUUGGUCGCUGCUGCCGCUGCUGGAUCUUCUCAACCCCUAAUGACAAUCGUCUUCGGAGAUCUCACCACUGCCUUCUUGCAGUACUCGUACUCCCUCACCGAAGGCCCAGAGGCUCAGGCUGCCGCCUCGGCCAAGCUCAAAGGCGACGUGGGACACGAUGCUCUUCUCUUGGUCUACAUUGGUAUCGGAAUGUUUGGCGCCACCUACAUCUACUCUGCUGCUUGGGUCUACACUGGAGAAGAAAUCACCAGGAGGAUACGAGAGGCUUUUCUGGCUGCUACACUACGUCAAGACAUUGCCUACUUUGACAAGAUUGGUGCUGGUACGAUCACCACGCGACUGCAGUCGGAUACGCAUCUCAUUCAAGAAGGAAUCAGCGACAAAGUUCCCAUGAGCGUGAUGUUCGUCUCGACCUUUGUCACGGGAUUCGUCGUCGCCUACAUCAAGAGCUGGAAGUUGGCCCUCGCCCUCACCUCCAUUGUUCCAUGCAUCAUCAUUGCAGGAGCUGUCAUGAACGUCUUUGUCUCUCGCUUCCACCAGAUGGAGCUCGAGUACGUCGCUUACGGAGGGUCGCUCGCUGAGGAAGCUCUGAGUACAGUGCGCACAGCAAAGGCCUUUGGUGCUGAGUCUCGCCUGGUGGACUUGUACAAUGAGUCGAAUGCUCUGACUACAAAGCAAGGAACGAAGAAAGCCAUCGUUCAAGGCUUUGGUCUUGGCAUCUUUUUCUUCAUCAUCUAUUCGGGAUAUGCUCUGGCCUUUUACUUUGGCUCGAAGCUCAUUGCCAGCGGAGAGAUCAACACGGGAGUGGUCGUGAACGUCAUCUUUUCGAUCCUGAUCGGUGCCUUCAGCAUGGCCAUGCUCGCACCAAAUGCCCAGGCUGUGUCCUUCGCCUUUGCUUCAGCCGGCAAGAUCAUCUCCACCAUCGACCGUGUACCGCAGAUCGAUUCUGCAUCGCCUGAGGGUCUCAAGCCCAGCUCCUGCGAGGGUGUUAUUGAGCUGCGCAACAUCGACUUCCGCUACCCAUCCCGCAAGAAUGUUCAGGUCCUCUUCAAUUUGUCUCUUGUGAUUCCGGCAGGCGAGACCACUGCCCUCGUUGGAGCGUCCGGAUCGGGCAAGAGCACCAUCGUGGGUCUCGUCGAGAGGUUCUAUGACCCAGAGGCCGGUCAAGUGUUCUUGGACGGUCAUGACAUCAAGGAUCUCAAUGUCACCUGGCUCAGGUCGCAGAUUGCUCUCGUCAGCCAGGAGCCCACACUGUUCGCUUCCUCCAUCCGAGACAACAUCCUGCAUGGUCUGAUCAACCGCUCUCAACACCAUGCCGAUGCUGAGAAGAAGGCUGAGCUUGUCAUUGAGGCUGCCAAACAAGCAAAUGCUCAUGACUUUAUUACCCAGCUGCCCAACGGAUACGAGACGAUGGUCGGCGAGCGUGGCUUCCUCCUUUCUGGGGGCCAGAAACAGCGCAUUGCUAUUGCACGUGCCAUCGUAGGAAACCCGAAGAUCUUGCUUCUGGAUGAGGCUACAAGUGCUUUGGACACACAGAGCGAGUCGCUCGUGCAGGACGCACUGCACAAGGCAGCUCAAGGACGAACGACGAUCACCAUUGCCCAUCGACUGUCGACCAUAAGAGACGCUGAAAACAUCGUAGUCAUGGGCAAGGGAGAGAUUCUCGAGCAAGGUACUCACAAUGGCUUGGUCGCCAAGAAUGGAGCCUAUGCGUCUCUCGUCAGCGCUCAGAAGAUUGAAGGCAUCAGGGCUGAUGGGGAACCUGUCGAAGCCAUCGCCGAGACGGAGCAGGCACAGAUGGAAGAGACCCUCGCGGCAGCAAAGAGCCGUCCCGAGAUGCCUGCGGGACUUGAUCGCACGACCUCAAAGAAGAGUAUUGCUAGUCUCGUCCUGGGACGACGCGCCGACGAAGAGGCUGGCAGGAAGGAACAUCAGAUGGGAACACUCAAAUGUCUCUGGCGUCUGAUGGUCAUCAACCGCGAGUAUGCAUUUACCCUCUACCUGCCCUCGCUCAUCUGCUCCAUUGCCAGCGGUGCUGUCUACCCGGCAUUCGCGAUCGUCAUGGGCAAGGCUCUAGGGGACUUUGCCCUCUGUGCUGACGCUAGCGGUGGCUCUUGUGCUGAGCCAGGUCGAAGCGAGAUGCGCACUGCGUCGGAUCACAAUGCCCUCUACAUGUUCAUCAUCGCUCUGUUGGCUUCUAUCGCCAUUGUGAUUCAGACGACCUUUAUGAUGUACGCCGCCAGUGUGCUCCUAGAGCGCCUCAGGAGGAAGGUGCUCCGAGCUUUCCUGCGAGCCGACUGCGCCUUUUUCGAUCAGGACGACGUCUCCAGCGGAUCUCUUACGAACUCCCUAGCUGACAAUGCACAAAAGAUCAACGGACUGGUCGGCGUCACACUCGGCACCAUCGUUCAGUCUCUUGCCACGCUCGUAGUCGGAUUUACCGUCGCUCUGGCAUAUGGCUGGAAAUUGGCUCUGGUCUGCAUUGCUUGCACGCCACUGACACUGUCUGCCGGAUUCGUGCGUCUCAAGCUUGUCGUCCUUAAGGACGCCAAGAUCAAGAAGGCACACGAUGCCUCGGCACAACGGGCUUGCGAAGCUGCAGCUGCCAUCCGCACAGUUCAAAGCCUGACACGAGAGGUGGACUGUCUUGACAUUUACAAGGAGGCCCUGGUCGCUCCAGGUCUCAUCUCCAGGAAUGCCGCUUUUGUCUCUAACAUCUUCUAUGCCGUCAGUCAGGCUCUCUCUUUCGGUGUCAUUGCUCUCGGUUUCUGGUAUGGAUCAACGCUGCUGAUCAAUGGCGAGUACACUUCUGCAAGCUUCUUCACCGUCCUCACAGCUGUCGUCUUUGGAUCGAUUCAGGCCGGCAACGUCUUCAACUUUGUGCCAGACAUUUCGAACUUCCACAAUGCGGCCUCUGACAUGAUCAACAUGCUCGACAAUGUCCCUGAGAUUGACUCUGAGUCGACCGAGGGAGAAGUCCUGAGAAAGGUCACCGGUAACAUUCGUUUGGAGGGUGUUCACUUCAGAUACCCUACACGACCUACUGUCCGAGUGCUACGAGGACUGGACUUGGACAUCAAGGCUGGACAGUACGUAGCACUGGUUGGACCAUCUGGAUGCGGCAAGUCGACCACGAUUCAGCUCCUGGAGCGCUUCUACGACCCUCAGGGUGGUUCAGUCAAGAUCGACGGUCACGAUCUGCGCGAUCUGAACCUCAAGGCCUUCCGACGUCAUGUGGCCUUGGUCUCGCAGGAGCCUACUCUAUACGAUGGAACGAUUGCCUGGAACCUGAGUCUGGGCGCAUUUGAGGACGCUGACAAGGUGACCAUGGAGGACAUGCGUCGUGCCUGCGCCCAAGCCAACAUUCUGCAAUUCGUUGAGUCCCUGCCCGACGAGUUCGAGACGGAGGUGGGUGGCAAGGGUACUCAGCUCUCGGGUGGUCAGAAGCAGCGAUUGGCCAUUGCGCGAGCUCUGAUUAGGAAUCCCAAGAUUCUCCUGCUGGACGAAGCCACCUCAGCUCUGGACUCUACGAGUGAAAAGGUGGUGCAGCAGGCACUGGACGCCGCUGCCAAGGGUCGCACGACGAUUGCCAUUGCGCACAGACUGAGCACCAUCUCAAAGGCGGACCGCAUCUAUUGCUUAAAGGAUGGAGUGGUGGGCGAGUCGGGGACGCACAACCAGCUCAUGGCACUCAAUGGCAUCUAUGCCAACUUGGUGCGGUUGCAGGACCUACAGCCAGUCUGA